AUUACUUUCUUUCUCAAGCUUCUUAGUAUUGAAGGAUUUUUUUUUCCUUUCUAAGAGAUUUGAGUUUCUUUACGUUAUUAUCUUGUCUUCUAUAAGGUCAUCAUCGUCUCUCUUCUUCCAUUUCCUUUAUUUAUCCCAAUUUACAAACAGAAAGAGUUGAGGGUUUAAAACAUAGAGAGACAAUAGAAGUAAAAGUCUAGAACAAGUCUUCGGGAGGAGUGGUUUUUUUUCUUUUUAUAAAAAUAAAAACCUUCUUCUGUUUCGUAAGGGCAUGAAGAGAGCUUCAUUUCCCGGGACAAAACUUGGGAAUAAACCAUGUUGUGUUGUGAACGCAACAAUACAACGCUAAUGUUCACAAACGCACUCCUUCAUAUCAAGGCAAACAGCAACUGCUCAAAAACAUUCCAUAUCUAUGGCUUAUUCUGUUUCCCACAACAGUUUCUCAACGAUUCCUCUUUUUGUCGGUUUCCUUGUUGUUGCUUCCUCCCUUGCCCAUGUCCUGUCCUCCCCAUUGAUGUCAGAUUCCGGUAACCGGCAAAUGAAAAACCGUACUUUUAAACCUGCUAAGGACAUCCAGAAGCUAAGGAGAAUAAAUGCUUAUCUCAAGAAGAUCAAUAAGCCUGCUAUGAAGACAAUUCAGAGUCCAGAUGGUGAUAUCAUAGAUUGCGUUCUCUCUCAUCUUCAACCUGCUUUCGAUCACCCUGAGCUUAGAGGGCAGAAACCAUCGGAUCCACCGGCGAGGCCAAAACGUCACAACUCUACCGAUGCAAACCCUGAGAACUUGCAACUAUGGACAGGCUCAGGUGAAUCUUGCCCCGAAGGAACUGUUCCAAUCAGAAGAACUACAGAGAAAGACGUUUUGAGAGCAAGUUCUGUUAGGAGAUAUAGAAGAACAAGAAGAAGACAUAUAAGGAGAGACUCAACAGGCAGCGGCCAUGAGCACGCAGUUGUGUUUGUGAAUGGAGAUCAGUAUUAUGGAGCAAAGGCAAGCUUAAACGUGUGGGCGCCUCGUGUGACUAAUGAAUACGAGUUUAGCUUGUCACAGAUAUGGAUCAUCUCUGGUUCUUUUGGCAAUGAUCUUAAUACCAUUGAAGCUGGUUGGCAGGUUAGCCCUGAAUUAUAUGGAGAUAUUUACCCUAGAUUCUUCACAUACUGGACGACUGAUGCAUACCGAGCCACUGGAUGCUACAACUUGCUGUGUUCGGGCUUUGUCCAAACCACCAAUAAGAUUGCUAUUGGAGCAGCAAUCUCUCCAAUCUCCUCCUACAAUGGCAGACAGUUUGACAUCGACAUAAUGGUUUGGAAGGAUCCAAAACAUGGACAUUGGUGGUUAGAAUUUGGAUCAGGAUUACUGGUUGGAUAUUGGCCUGCAUUUCUCUUUAGUCACUUGAGAAGCCAUGCCAACAUGAUACAAUUUGGAGGAGAAAUUGUAAACACUAGAUCGUCAGGAUUCCACACAUCAACACAAAUGGGCAGUGGACAUUUUGCUGAAGAAGGGUUUGGAAAGGCUGCUUAUUUUCGGAACUUGCAAACUGUUGAUUGGGAUAAUAAUUUGCUGCCCCUAACAAACCUUCACCUAUUGGCCGAUCAUUCUGAUUGUUACGACAUCAGACAAGGAAGAAAUAAUGUUUGGGGAAAUUACUUUUACUAUGGAGGUCCAGGAAGGAACGUAAGGUGUCCUUGAGUAAAAUUAAAACAGGAUAGGAUGAGAGGGUUGUUGAACUACUGGUACUUUUUUUUUUCACCCCAACCCAAAAUUUAUUUUUUGGGUAUUUAGCUUUCAUAUCGGGACUUUAGCAUGGUUUGGGUUAGAUUCUUUUUAUUGAUGUAUAUUUUCCUUCCUCUGAUAGAUUGAUUUUCUUUCCGUGGUAAUAGGUAAAUUUUUCGGGAAAUACAAACUGUUAAUAAGACCAUUUUUCUGUUUC